UCACUGAACCAUCACAUGUUGUUCAGAUCAGAGCUCAAAGCAGAGUCUCUUCUGAGGAAGUGAAUCUCAGACAGUCGUUGCUACUGAGAGGUGAAAUGGAGCAGAAAGGAGUUCAACUGGACUGGGAGACCUUCUCUUGUUCCAUCUGUCUGGAUCUCCUGAAGGAUCCGGUGACUACUACCUGUGGACACAGCUACUGCAUGAACUGUAUUGAAGCCCAUUGGGAUGAAGAGGACGGGAAGAAGCUCCUCAGCUGCCCUCAGUGUAGGCAGACCUUCACACCGAGGCCUGUCCUGCUGAAGAACACCAUGUUGGCAGUUUUAGUGGAGCAGCUGAAGAAGACUGGACUCCAAGCUGCUCCUGCUGAUCACUGCUAUGCUGGACCUGAAGAUGUGGCCUGUGAUGUCUGCACUGGGAGGAGACUGAAGGCCUUCAAGUCCUGUCUGAUGUGUCUGGUUUCUUACUGUGAGAAACACCUUCAACCACAUCAUGAUGCACCUCCAUUAAAGAAACACAAGCUGGUGGACCCCUCCAACCAGCUCCAGGAGAACAUCUGCUCUCGUCAUGACGAGGUGAUGAAGAUGUUCUGCCGUACUGAUCAGCAGUGUAUCUGCUACCUCUGCUCUCUGGAUGAACAUAAAGGCCACAACACCGUCUCAGCUGCAGCAGAAAGGACCGAGAGGCAGAGAGAGCUGGAGGGGAGUCGACUAAACAUCCAGCAGAGAAUCCAGGACAGAGAGAAAGACCUGAAGCUGCUCCAUCAGGAGGUGGAGGCCAUCAACCUCUCUGCUGAUAAAACAGUGGAGGACAGUGAGAAGAUCUUCACUGAGCUGAUCCGUCUCAUGGAGAACAGAAGCUCUGAUGUGAAGCAGCAGGUCAGAUCCCAGCAGAGAACUGAAGUGAGUCGAGUCAAAGAGCUUCAGGAGAAGCUGGAGCAGGAGAUCACUGAGCUGAAGAGGAACGACGCUGAGCUGAAGCUGCUCUCACACACAGAGGAUCUCAACCAGCUUCUCCACCACUACCCCUCACUGUCACCACUCAGUGGGUCUACAGACUCAUCCAGCAUCAACAUCCGUCCUCUGAGAUACUUUGAGGACGUGACGGCGGCUGUUUCAGGAGUCAGAGAUGAACUACAGGACGUCCUGAGAGACAAGUGGACAAACGUCUCACUGACGGGAACUGAAGUGGGUGUUUUACUGUCUCCACCAGAGCCCACGACCAGAGCUGGAUUCUUAGAGUAUUCAUGUGAACUCACUCUGGAUCCAAACACAGCAAACACACAGCUGUUAUUAUCUGAUGGGAACAGAAAAGCAAGAUUAAUGAAGGAACAUCAGUCUUAUUCUAGUCACUCAGACAGGUUCAGUGAAUGUCUUCAGGUCCUGAGUAGAGAGAGUCUGACUGGACGUUGUUACUGGGAGGUGGAGUGGAGAGGAGGAGGAGUUUAUGUAGCAGUCUCAUACAAGAACAUCCAGAGAGAAGGGGGCUGGAAUGAAUAGAGCUGAUUGUUGAGGCGUUUCUUCACUGCAGAGAUCAGCUGUCAGUCAAACCUUGUGGGCGGUACUUUGACGUCUUGUCCUUCUUGUUGUGUAAAGGUCUUAGUUCCUGUAGGUGGCGCUCCUCCCUUUGUCUAUUUAGCCAGAGAAUCAAUCAGUUUAAACUGAGUGUGAUGAAUCUGUCCAUGAACUCAUUGAUCACGAGUCAUUUAACAGACUUUAAUGAUGGGAUGUGAGAACAAACUGAAUGUUUACACGAUGAAUAAACAAACAUGAACAAAGUA